UCACUGCCGCGCUUCCCCCGCAGGUUCCAGCGCCUGGACUUCGUCUACCUCAACGCCGGCAUCAUGCCCAACCCGCAUGUCAACUUCAAGGCCCUCUGGCAAGGCCUGCUGACCGGGAAGAUUCUUCACAUGCUGACUACUGCAGAGGGAGUAAUGACCCAGACAGAUAGGCUUAAUGGAGAUGGACUGCAGGAGGUGUUUGCUACCAACCUCUUUGGACACUUCAUACUGGUUCGACAACUUGAAUCUCUACUCUGUGGUAAUGAAAAGCCAUCCCGACUCAUCUGGACCUCUUCCAGCAAUGCCAGGGAGUCUGCCUUUAGCCUCUCUGACUAUCAGCAUGCCAAGGGACAGGAAUCAUACAGUUCCUCUAAGUAUGCAACUGACCUGACAAGUGUGGUUUUAAACAGGAAACUUAAUAAGCAGGGCCUGUAUUCCAGUGUUGUUUGUCCUGGUCUUGUUAUGUCUAACAUGACCUACAGAAUUUUGCCAGUUUUUCUGUGGAUGCUGCUCAUGCCUAUCAUGUGGCUGAUACGUUUUUUUGCCAAAACUUACACUCUGACACCGUAUAAUGGAGCAGAAGCUCAUGUGUGGUUGUUCAAACAAAAGCCGGAGUCCCUGGAUCCACUUGUCAAAUACCACAGCUGUACUUCUGGACUAGGAAAGAAAUACGUGGAGCCCAGAAAGAUUGAUGUCGAUGAAGAAAUUGCUGAAAAGUUUUAUGAAAAGCUGUUGGAACUAGAGAAGCAGAUUCUGGAGAGAUACGAUGAUCUCCUAGAUAAGUAAGGCCUGUCUCAGUGGAUAACAGGCUUGUAUCCAUGACAUGGGCUUUCUUCAUUCUGGUGCUAUUUAUGAUGACUGCUGUUCGGCAGGCACAUGACUUCAGAACCCAUCUUCCUUCUCUACAGAAAGUGAACAAUUCCUGAAAAUGGAAAUGUGAAAACUGAAGAGAAAUAUGUAGUCUUUCUGGUAUGGGAUUUUUCUGGCACAAAACUGGAGACCUAGUGUAGGUGGAAGUUGUCUUAACACAGUUAAGCAAAGCAUUGUCUUAAAAACAUUACUGGACUGUGUACAGUUCAGGAACAGCCUGAAAACGUGUAGUUUAACAAUCUGGCUUGGUGGAGAAAAGGCAAUGGUCUGGGGUGGCGUUCCAAGUCCUGGCUCUACCAGUCUUUCCAGAUGGCUUGGGCACAAUACCUGUGGCUAAUCAAGUACUUGAAGGCCCCAUUUUCAGAAGAGCUGCUUUUCCCCUUGUACACCAAAGUUGGAGCGUACUUUCCAGACAUGCUCAAGACUGAACCUUACAGGAAGCCAGGCUCUUUAAAGUAUCUCAAGCAAAGCUCCUGAAGACCUGGGUAGCCCUAUAAUGGAAAUACCCCACCUUGCCUCAACUCAUAGAUAACCUUGCUGCAGAAAGUUGUGAGCUGUCCCUGGAUGUGGGGCCAUAUGUUAUAACAGCUGGCUGGAAAGAUUGCUAAACUGUUGAUAAGCUGGUUUCAGAGCUAGUCAGCUCUGCUCAUACCAAGAGUGAGAGGUCACCCUGUUUUAACUGUCAAGUUGUCUUUUUAUACUUACUGUACAAAGUAUUCUUCCUGAUCUCUAUCUUAAGAGCUUCAAGUACCUGGUGUACUUCAAAUGCUGCUACAAAUAAAUAAUUGGAACUGACCUGUGUCCUUGCUGCAAUGGAGUUUUUACUCCAAGAACUGAAUACCUUUGGUUUGGAGGA